AUGGCAGACGACAUGGCGUCAGGCAACAAAUUCAUCCACGGCAGCACAGGAAAUCAAAAUGUGGUCUUUGGAAAUGGAUUUCAGUACAAUGAUAGCCGUGAAUUUACGAUCAACCUGCCAGGCAUGUCAUCGGUGUUAUACCUGGCGGAAACCAUCAAAGGCGAAACCAGCCCAAGUGAACGAAAGAGGACUACCAUAAUGGAAUGGCUGCAACGUCAACCUAAUUGGUGUCCCUUUGACAGUCGCCGCCGACUGGGCGAGCUCUCAAGUCAGGCGAUGCCGGGUAUUGGAGAAUGGGCUUUGAAGAGCAAUGAUUUCCAAGCAUGGAAGGAUCCAUCGAAUCCAGUGCGCAUUAUGCUGGUACAUGGUAUACGUAAGUCAGUGACCCCUUCAAAGUGGGAUCCGGGAAGUCUAUGCUUACGUAGUUCUCUCUUCAUACAAACGAUCAUACAAGAAGUCGAAGCACGAAGCAGCACUGCAUGCAUCUACUUCUACCCCCCGGAAGAAGAUGAGAACCCAUCGCCCGCACGAAUCUGGGCUACCUUACUCGAACAACUUAUACAACAUGAAAAAUCCGAGACGAUCUCGCCCGCAUUGCUAUCCAGAUUUAACGCAUCGCUUACAGGUUGUUCGCAGCUCCACCCCUUCGAAUACUGGGGUUUGUUCAAAGCGCAGGCCGAAACAUUCGAGACGGUCUACCUGAUUAUGGACGAGCCAGAGAGCUAUAUUGGCCAUCAUGAGCAUAUGGUGCAGAGUUUGAGGAAUCUGCCAUCCAAUGUCAAGUUCCUCUUCACUUGCAGAACGGAAACGCUUGCUAGCCAUCUCAAAGUGGACUGCAAGCUGCGCGUCAUACUGCAAGCAUCCGAGUUGACUCUUUACGUAAGGAGGCGGCUUGAGGACGAUGUGAACCUGAGUGGACUGCUUGACAAAAGCCAUGACAGGGAGGAUGUAGUGGAGAAGGUUACCGAAUUAACCUCCCAGAGCGGCAUGUUCCUACUAGCUCGGCUUCACAUGGACAAUCUCAGCAGAUGUAGCACUCUAGCCAGUAUCAAAGAUGCCCUCUCCGACCUUCCCAAGGAUGGGGGCCACAUGCAAGCAUUCAGAGCCUCGAUCAGGCAAAUCACCGAGAAACAUAGCGAUUUCGACAAACGUCUCGCCAAACAUGUCCUGACGUGGGUUGUGUACGCAAAAAUCGGCCUCACCGUUGAUCAAGUACUGGACAGCUUUGCUUUUCAGCACUGCGAGAGAGGGAAGUACUGGAAAUCUCGCCCUUCGAAGGAAAAGCUGAUAUCUGCAGUCGCCGGCUUGGCUGUCCUAGACUCAGAUGAGAAGACUUGCACUCUUCGCCUAGUCCACGAAUCGGUAAAGCAGUUACUACACGAAGAUAACCUAAUCCUUCAAGACCCUGAUUUACUGAUGGCCAAAACUUGCCUGAAAUGCCUGCUGAUCGAUGAGUCGGAAAUUCACGAGCAGAAUGUUCCCUUGCUGCCAUACGCUGCAAGGCACUGGAGCUCACACCUCGGAAGGAAAUGGAAAGGAGCUGACCGGGAUGCGAAAAUACUCAUCAGCUUUUUCUUUGGCGAGAGCACAAAGCUCACCAGAGCAUUCAAGGCAAUGCCCGAGACCCUGGGCUCGGACGUGAGCGGCAUGACUGGGCUACAUGCUGCCGUCCACUUCAACCUCAUCUCUUACGCUGACGAGCUGAUCAAGACGGGCAUUGAUGUCAAUGCUCAGUGCGCCGACGGCCAGACAGCUCUUCACUGGGCUGUGAGGCUGCGCAGGCGCCGUCUGCUACAGACUUUGGCGUGCAAAUCAGAUGCCAACAUACUUGAUAGGAGUAAGAACACGCCGCUUCACCGAGCUCUUGUGGUGCCAGUGACAGACGGCGUGGGGAUUGUCCAGUCUCUGAUACAUGGCGGCGCCAGACUUGACGUACGCGGUGCGAAGGGGUUGACGGCUUUGUCCUCAGCCGUCAAAUAUGGACCUACGGCCAUUGCCGAAAUAUUAUUGAAAAGUCAAGACAAUGCCAAUGAAGAAAUCACGCCGGGAUGGACUUCACUGAGAGAACUCUUCUAUCACGACUACAUGGCAGAGAUGCUGGGUGCCUCAGCAGAUACCUGGAAGCCGUUGCAACAUGCCGCCGAGGACCAUGUACGAUACCUCAUAGACGUCGUGCUUGAUCGAGGCAUCGACCUUAAUCGGCCCACGAGCGAUAAUUGGCUACCUUUGAUACACGCAGUCCAGACGGAAAACCUGCCCAGAAUCAGACGCCUGCUCGAGAGAGAGCCAUUCCCGGCGGACGUCAACAAGAAGGAUCCGACGUACCAUUGGGCACCGCUCCGAUGGGCAAUUACUUACAAGAGAAAGCCUGAAGUCAUACGGAUGCUGAUCGAGCAUAGAGCCCACAUUAACGAAAUAUACGAUGGCGAUUGGGCGCCGCUUAUUGAAGCUAUCAAGAAUAAUGAUGAAGAGCUCGUCUGGCUGCUUCUGAAAUGGGGUGCUCAGCCAGAUCUUUUGGACAGAAACAAAUGGUCAGCGCUGCUCCACGCCAUCAAAGGCGGCAACAGCAAUAUUGUUUGGCUGCUAGUCUCCAACAAGGCAGACGUUCAGAGUCAUAGCAGCAAAGCCCUCGAGCUAGCUCUGGAGAGGAGUGAUUACUCCCUUGCCUGGCUACUGUGUGAACACGGAGCUGACCCCAACAUCACCGACGACGAAGGCAUGACGCCGCUGCAUUGGGCCUCCUGCCGUGGGAACCUGAAAGACGUCUGCUUUCUCCUUGACCGGGGUGCAGAUAUCGGCCGCAUAGACAAAGAAGGGUCUACUCCUCUACACCUGGCUGUGAAUGAAGGGUUUGACAAAGUCGUGGCGCAGUUGGCAUUGCGAGCGUUUGGGCAGAGGCACCUGGAGAUGAAAAACGCCCACGGGAACACAGCCCUCACACUGGCAUCAUUGAAAUUCUCCAAGCCGAUGGUGCAGAUAUUGCUCAGGAUGAAGGCCUCAUGCGGCACACAAGAUCCCGGCGGCUUGACCGCGCUUCAUCACGCAGCGUUGUUGGGGUUCAACGACGGUCUGCAGCUGAUGUUGCUCAGCUCUACAGGCAGACGCCAUGUCAACCGGGUCGAUAAGAAGGGCUAUUCUCCAUUGCAUGCUGCCCUGAUCAGUUCCAAAGCUGACAUCUUGACUAUACACAUCCUCGUGACGAGCGGGGCAGAUCUUGGUGCCGAGGUGAAAGACGGCGCGUUGACGCCGUUGAUGCUCGCUGUGCAUCUCAACAAAGAGGCGUUUGUUCGCCAGCUCCUACACGAAGGUGCCAAAGCUGGUGCGCUCAACAAGACGACCGUUGGCAUACACAAUCUCAUCAAUAAGGCAAUGAAAAAGAAGCGAUAG